GCUUUGGUUGAUUUUCUCACAGGUCACAGGCUUUUUCUUUUUCUUCUUCUUCUUCUUCUUUAUUUUCUCAUUUUGCCAAACUAAAAUAGUUGUGUUGGUAGCUUUGGCAAAGAUGUUUUCAGCAGGCCAUAAGAUCAAAGGGACAGUGGUGUUGAUGCCCAAGAAUGAGUUGGAAGUUAACCCUGAUGGCUCAGCAGUUGACAACCUUAAUGCUUUCUUGGGCCGUAGUGUCUCCCUUCAGCUCAUUAGUGCUACCAAGGCUGAUGCACAUGGAAAAGGAAAAGUUGGAAAGGAUACGUUCUUGGAAGGGAUUAAUACUUCGUUACCGACUUUGGGAGCAGGAGAGUCUGCAUUCAAUAUUCAUUUUGAAUGGGACGGAAGCAUGGGAAUCCCCGGUGCGUUUUACAUAAAGAACUACAUGCAAGUUGAGUUCUUCCUCAAGAGUUUGACUCUUGAAGCCAUUUCAAACCAAGGAACCAUCCGCUUUGUUUGCAACUCAUGGGUUUAUAACACUAAACUUUACAAAAGCGUGCGCAUUUUCUUUGCCAACCAUACAUAUGUACCUAGUGAGACACCAGCACCACUUGUGGAGUACAGAGAAGAAGAAUUGAAGAGUUUAAGAGGAAAUGGAACGGGAGAGCGCAAGGAAUAUGAUAGGAUCUAUGAUUAUGAUGUCUACAAUGAUUUGGGCAACCCAGAUAAGAGUGAAAAGUUAGCUCGUCCAGUUCUUGGAGGGUCUAGCACCUUUCCCUACCCUCGUAGGGGAAGAACUGGUCGAGGUCCAACAGUUACGGACCCGAAUACUGAGAAACAAGGCGAAGUAUUUUAUGUUCCAAGAGAUGAAAAUUUAGGUCACUUGAAGUCUAAGGAUGCUCUUGAGAUUGGAACAAAAUCUUUAUCUCAAAUUGUCCAGCCGGCGUUCGAAUCUGCGUUCGAUUUGAAAUCCACGCCAAUUGAGUUUCAUAGCUUCCAAGAUGUGCAUGACUUGUAUGAAGGUGGAAUUAAGCUUCCUAGAGAUGUAAUUAGCACAAUUAUCCCCUUACCAGUGAUCAAAGAACUCUAUCGUACCGAUGGUCAACACAUCCUCAAGUUUCCACAACCUCACGUCGUUCAAGUGAGUCAGUCUGCAUGGAUGACUGAUGAAGAAUUUGCUAGAGAGAUGAUUGCUGGUGUAAAUCCCUGCGUAAUUCGUGGUCUUGAAGAGUUCCCUCCAAAAAGUAAUCUGGAUCCUGCAAUCUAUGGUGAUCAAAGCAGUAAGAUAACAGCAGAUUCCCUUGAUCUAGAUGGGUACACAAUGGACGAGGCACUUGGUAGUCGAAGGUUAUUUAUGUUAGAUUACCAUGAUAUCUUCAUGCCAUAUGUGAGGCAGAUAAAUCAGCUGAAUUCUGCCAAGACUUAUGCGACAAGGACUAUCCUUUUUUUGAGAGAAGAUGGAACUUUAAAGCCAGUGGCCAUCGAAUUAAGUUUGCCACAUUCUGCUGGGGAUCUGUCAGCUGCCGUCAGUCAAGUCGUCUUACCUGCUAAGGAAGGUGUUGAGAGCACAAUUUGGCUACUAGCCAAAGCUUAUGUCAUCGUAAAUGACUCUUGCUACCAUCAACUCAUGAGCCAUUGGUUAAAUACUCAUGCGGCGAUGGAGCCAUUCGUCAUAGCAACACACCGACAUCUUAGCGUGCUUCACCCAAUUUACAAGCUUCUGACUCCUCACUAUCGUAACAACAUGAACAUCAACGCACUUGCCAGGCAAUCUCUAAUUAAUGCUAAUGGCAUAAUAGAGACAACCUUUUUGCCCUCAAAGUAUUCUGUGGAGAUGUCUUCGGCGGUUUAUAAGAAUUGGGUUUUCACUGAUCAAGCACUUCCUGCAGAUCUUAUCAAGAGAGGAGUGGCAAUUAAGGAUCCAUCAACCCCACAUGGAGUUCGUCUUCUGAUAGAGGACUAUCCUUAUGCCGCUGAUGGACUGGAGAUAUGGGCUGCAAUUAAGACAUGGGUUCAAGAAUAUGUGCCCUUGUACUAUGCAAGAGAUGAUGAUGUCAAAAAUGAUUCUGAACUCCAACAUUGGUGGAAAGAAGCUGUAGAGAAAGGCCAUGGUGAUUUGAAAGACAAGCCAUGGUGGCCUAAGUUGCAGACACUUGAAGACCUUGUUGAAGUUUGCCUCAUUAUCAUAUGGAUUGCUUCAGCUCUCCAUGCAGCCGUUAAUUUUGGUCAGUAUCCUUAUGGAGGUUUGAUAAUGAACCGCCCAACUGCUUCUAGAAGGUUGCUUCCUGAGAAAGGCACCCCAGAAUAUGAAGAAAUGAUUAAUAACCAUGAAAAGGCUUAUUUGAGAACAAUUACAUCAAAGUUGCCGACUCUCAUUAGCCUUUCAGUGAUAGAGAUCUUGUCGACACAUGCUUCUGAUGAGGUCUACCUUGGCCAGAGGGACAACCCACAUUGGACCUCUGAUUCAAAAGCAUUACAAGCCUUUCAAAAGUUUGGAAACAAGCUCAAGGAAAUUGAGGAAAAACUUGUGAGGAGGAACAAUGAUCCGAGUCUGCAGGGCAAUCGACUUGGCCCGGUUCAACUGCCAUACACUUUGCUUUAUCCUAGCAGUGAGGAAGGGUUAACUUUUAGGGGAAUUCCAAAUAGCAUCUCUAUCUAAGGGAGCCUGUGGUUUACUCUAAUUACUCUAUAUAUAGUGCAUGUGUACCUUCCAAUAAAAAAGAUGCAAGACUAGAGAUCCGAUAAAUCUUGCAUCUUAUCUAAUGUUUCAAUUAUCUUGUGUUUUAAUUAAUGUUGUAAUUGAGCUCACAGUUUGGUUGUGGUUUGCAAAUAAUAAGAGCAGUGAGCACUAUUAGUUUGUGUUUAGCUCC